GAGACAGAGAGUGAAGACCCCACAACAGAGCACAACAUCUCUAUCACUAACUCCAAUCAAACCCUCUCUCUCUACUCUCUUCUCUCUUCUCUCUUCUCUCUUCUCUCUCUGAGCAUUCCAUGAAACGCAUCGGAAAAUGGGAAAAUACAUAAAGAAGAACAAACUCGACGGAGAAGCUAUGGCCUUGAUGGACGUUUCUCCUUCUCCUUCUUCCCUCGGUGUUCUCACUCGAGCCAAGUCACUAGCUCUCCAACAACGCCGCCUUCAAAAACCCUCUCCUUCUCCUUCUCCUACUAACCCACCGUCGUCGAAACAGAAGAUAACUGAUUCCUCCUCCGGCGGCGGAUCGUAUCUUCAGCUGCGGAGCCGCCGGCUCCAGAAGAAGCCUCCAAUUGUCGUGAUUCGCUCAACCAAACGGAGAAAGCCGCAACAGCAGCAGAGGAGGAGGGAAGAGGGUCGAAACCCUAACCCUAAUCCCCAAAAUCUCGAUUCUUCGGUUCGAGGGUCUGUUGGUGACGGGUCGGAUUCGGUUGGGGAGAGUGUCGUGUUUGGUAAAGACAAGGACUUUAACAAAGAGCUCGACUACGCCAGUGAAAGCUUCAACAGGACCACAAGGGAAUCCACACCAUGCAGUUUGAUAAGGAAGCAGGAAACCACCACCACAAGCCCUGGAUCGUCUACGAAGCUUCUUAGCAAUGGUAUCAGUGACGAGAGCAACCAAAGAGAAGAUAGUUUCUCGGAGAGCCAUCGUCACCAACCAACUACACCUGAAAUGGACGAGUUUUUCUCGGGUGCUGAAGAAGAACAACAAAGGCAAUUCAUUGAGAAGUACAACUUUGAUCCUGUGAACGAGCAACCGCUACCAGGACGGUUUGAAUGGAAGAAGGUAGAUGAUUAGAAAACAACGAGAAAGGGUGGUGGGGUGAUUAAUAGUUAAUACAAAGACUAUGUUAACAUUAUUCCUGCUAAUUAUCGGUUUGAUCUUAUUAUCCAUCAUCCGUUUUUCUUAACUUUCCCAACAUGUAAAGGAACUUAGGAUAAAAAAAAAACCAUGUUACAUUGGUGUCUGUAACAAAAGUGGCUGAAAAGGGUUUGUGUAACACAUAACUGAUACCAAUCCUUUUCAAGGUCUAAACAGAUCACCUUAGUAUUAGUAGUAUUAGUAGUACUAAACUAAUAAGAGAAAGUCUGUCAGGGUUUAGGGGUUUAGAGUUCUUUUGGUUAAUGGAGUGUAUUCUGUUGUUAUAAACUCUCUGUCCUGUAACCAUAAUAAAAAAUCUAUCUAUUUAUGUGUAUA